AGAUACGCUGUCAAUUAAAAGUCACUUUGUAUUUUCAUUGGUUCAACGCCUGCCAAUCGCAACUGCAUGCUGAUUUUUUAUUGGCUGAAAGCGCCGACAGUCAGCUGUUGGGGCGUUUGUUUCCGGUGCGCUGGCCAGGUGAUGUGACAAGAGGCUGCAGAGGGCAUUGUGACGGCGAGAGCGGUCUGCACCUGCCUUUUGGGAGGAUUUGACAAAGUGAACUGAAAAGAAUGGGGCAGAAUGAAGCUCACCAUGCAGAGGAUUUAGAGAAUGAAACUGAUGGAAGUUUAUUAGAUCUGAAGGCUCUGGUUGAGAACCAACUACAGACCACCAUGAUGAUGGGAAUAAUUUUGGGGGCUGGUGUGGCAGUCAUGCUGAUUGCCUCCACCAUUCUCAUUAUCCAUAGGCGGUUGCAAGAGAGAAAAAUUCAAGCUCCAGAAACUCCCAAGUACAGAUUUCGAAAGCGUGAUAAAGUAAUGUUCUAUGGCCGCAAGAUCAUGAGAAAGGUAUCCCAAUCCACAUCUUCCUUUGUUGGGACUUCAAUAAGAACAAGAGUGAAAAGAAAACAAAAAAUGCUAAUCAUUGCAAAACGGUUCUUGCACAUUAGUAAGGAAGUUCCAACCCUUCAACCGAAGGAGCCCCCACCCUCGGUUCUUGAGGCUGAUUUAACUGAAUUUGAUGUUGCCAGCUCACACUUGCCUUUGGAAGUACUGUAUAUGCUGAAAAAUGUCAGGGUUUUGGGCCAUUUCGAGAAGCCUCUGUUUCUGGAGCUGUGUAAACACAUGGUCUUCCAACAGUUUCAGCAAGGGGAGUAUGUCUUUAAACUGGGCCAAGCAGACAACAGCAUCUACGUUGUCCAGGAUGGCAAACUGGAGCUCAGCCUCAUGGGACCUGAAGGUAAAGAAUGUGUGGUAAAGGAGGUUUUUCCUGGCGACAGUGUGCAUAGUUUGCUCAGCAUUCUUGAUGUCAUUACUGGUCACCAACGACCAUACAGAACUGUGUCAGCUCGAGCUAUUGAAGUAUCAACUGUACUUUGCUUACCGGUGGAGGCAUUCCAGGCAAUUUUUGAGAAGUACCCUGAAAGUUUGGUGAGGGUGGUGCAGAUCAUCAUGGUGAGGCUACAGAGAGUGACUUUCGUGGCAUUGCACAACUACCUGGGUCUGACUAAUGAGCUGUUCAAUCAGGAGAACCAGCCUUCACGCCUUGUUCCUCAGCCAAACACCACCACACGGAUGAGCCCUUUACGACACAGGCGGUACAUAAGUAAUUCAGUUGCUGAUGAUCAGAAGGAUAUGGCUGGGAAAUCGAGUUCAGAUGCAGGGACUGAAGGUUCAAAGGCACAAACUUCUGAGAACAAUCGAGCUGCAUUGUUAAGCCGUUGUAUUUCCAUGCCAGUGGACAUUUCAGGAAUACAGAAAGGAAUGUGUUCAGAUUUUGAUAUGGCAUAUGAAAGAGGGAGGAUUUCAGUGUCCCUGCAGGAGGAAAUACCAUUUUUCCCUUCUUCAUUUAGCAGAACAGCAUCACAGGAUACUAGGGAACGCAAGUCUGUGACCGUGGAGGGACAGCCAUCAUCUGUGUUUCUUUAUCCCGAGGAUGACCCGGAUGACUUCUAUGGAGCAGAUGAAGUGAAACAUGUUGGAAGCAUUUUUGAGGAGGCAAAGCAGGAGCUCCUGAAGUUAAUGCGGAUUGAGGAUCCAUCACUUCUUGACAAUCGUGUAACACUGCACCAUGCCAAAUCUGGAACCGUACUAGCCCGUCAAGGAGACCAGGAUGUCAGUUUGCAUUUUGUGUUAUCUGGCUGCCUACACAUUUAUCAGCGAAUGAUCGACAAGGAGGAUGAUGUGUGCCUGUUUGUGACCUAUCCUGGUGAAAUGGUGGGCCAGCUCGCUGUCCUGACUGGAGAACCACUGAUCUUUACCAUCAAAGCAAAUCGUGACUGCAUCUUCCUCAAGAUAUCCAAAUCAGACUUCUACGAGAUAAUGCGUGAACAGCCCAAUGUUGUCCUCAGUACAGCACACAAUGUGGCAGUUAGAAUGUCUCCGUUUGUCCGUCAAAUGGACUUCGCAAUUGAUUGGAUGGCUGUGGAAGCAGGCCGUGCUCUCUACAGGCAGGCUGACCGAUCAGACUGCACCUACAUUGUGCUGAAUGGGCGACUGCGAUCUGUGAUUCGAAAGGCUAACGGCAAAAAGGAGCUAGUAGGAGAAUAUGGGCGUGGAGAUCUGAUUGGAGUGGUGGAAGCCCUGACCCAUCAGCCCCGAGCCACCACAAUGCAUGCUGUUCGUGAUUCGGAACUGGCCAAGUUACCAGAGGGAACACUGAACAACAUCAAACGGAGGUAUCCUCAGGUAGUCACUCGAUUAAUUCAUCUACUGGGCCAGAAGAUCCUGGGCAACCUGCAGCAGGUGCAUGGACCAUUCCCAGGUUCAAGCUUGGGACUUUCGACAGCUAGCAGUGCUGAUGUAACAAACCCAACCAGUAACCUUUCCACCGUGGCUGUGCUUCCUGUCUGUGACGAGGUGCCAAUUGUUGCCUUCGCCAUGGAACUGAUGCAUGCACUCAAUUCAAUUGGACCAACUUUGCUGAUGACCAGUGAUAUCAUUAGACAACGACUAGGCGCAUCAGCAUUGGACAGCAUCCAUGAAUAUCGUCUCUCAGCAUGGCUGGCCCAGCAAGAGGACAUAAAUCGAAUUGUGCUGUACCAGACUGACUAUAGCAUGACUCCUUGGACCCAACGCUGUAUUCGACAAGCUGAUUGCAUCUUGAUAGUUGGACUUGGCGAUCAGGAACCCUCCUUGGGACAGCUGGAGCAGAUGUUGGAGAACACAGCAGUGCGAGCACUGAAGCAGCUCAUCCUUUUGCACAAGGAAGAUGGCCCCAGUCCUUCCCGCACUGUUGAAUGGCUAAACAUGAGGAGCUGGUGUUCGGGGCACUUUCAUAUCAAGUGUCCUCGCAGGAUCUUCUCACGCAGGAGUUUCCAAAAAUUGACUGAGCUAUAUGAAAAAGUAUUUCAGAAACCUGUCGACCGACACAGUGACUUCUCCCGACUAGCCCGGGUCCUAACAGGGAACACUAUUGCUUUGGUCUUGGGAGGAGGAGGGGCCAGGGGAUGCUCACAUGUUGGUGUACUGAAGGCCAUGGAGGAGAUCGGAAUCCCAGUCGAUAUUAUCGGUGGAACCUCCAUUGGGUCAUUUAUCGGGGCGUUGUACGCAGAAGAGCGGAGUGCAGUGAGGACCAAACAGAGAGCAAGGGAGUGGGCAACUGCCAUGAAUUCUGUCUUUAAAACAGUAUUAGACCUGACCUACCCUAUCACAUCAAUGCUCUCGGGCUCUGCCUUCAACACAAGUAUUGCUGAUGUCUUUGAGGACAAACAAAUUGAGGACCUGUGGAUCCCGUACUUCAACGUGACAACUGAUAUUACUGCAUCUGCAAUGAGAGUGCACAAGGAUGGCAGCAUCUGGCGUUACGUCAGAGCGAGUGCAUCUUACGUCCCUUAUUUGCCUCCUCUCUGUGACCCCAAGGACGGGCAUUUGCUUGUGGAUGGAUGCUAUGUAAACAAUGUCCCAGCUGAUAUCGCCAAAACUAUGGGUGCUAAAACAGUCAUUGCCAUUGAUGUGGGAAGCAGGGAUGAAACCGAGUUGUGUAACUACGGAGACAGCCUUUCGGGAUGGUGGUUGCUUUGGAAACGCCUAAAUCCGUGGGCAGAGAAAGUUAAAGUCCCCGAUAUGGCAGAAAUCCAGUCCAGACUGGCCUAUGUGUCCUGUGUCCGACAGCUGGAGGUGGUGAAGAGCAGUGCCUACUGUGAAUACAUCCGUCCACCUAUUGAUAGGUUUAAAACUAUGGACUUUGGGAAGUUUGAUGAAAUUUAUAAUCUCGGAUACCAGUACGGGAAGGUUGUGUUCGGUAACUGGAGCAGGGGGGAUAUUAUCGACAAGAUGCUGAAGGACAGGAAGUCUGUUGACUAUUACGAAAUCAAAAAGAAGAACGCCUUUCUGUCCUCAAACGCUGCAUUCACUGACCUCGCUGAGAUAGUGUCUCGCAUCGAACCUCCAAAGAGCUACAAUAUGGCAGAUGAAGAGUCAGAUUAUCUGACUGAGUAUGAAGAUGAUGCAGUGGAUGCAAUGAGGGAUGAUGAUGAAGACCAAGAGGAACAGGAUGGGAAUGAGGAUCUAGAUGAUCAGGAAUAUUCAGAACAAGAUCAUCCCACUACAGAAUGGAACAUGGAGCUGGAUGAAGAAAGCAGUGUAAGAAACCGUAAACCUGGCUCUAGUAACCUGGAAUCCCCAUCUCCACCUGACAGUGAAGCUUAAACAUGGAGUCGUACGCUGCACGUUAACCCUGCCCUCCAAGCUCGCAGUUCAAUAACUUAGCAAAACAAAGGAAUCUACAAAAUCAUGCAAUUGAACUAGGGAUAUCUUUCCAAGCAGUCUGUGAAUGAGUUUUGUUCUCCUCCCUCCUCAUUCAUUAUGAUCAGAGCUAUUACUGAGGAGCAUGUAGGGUAUGGAUGGCACAGCCAACUGCAGUGCAUGAACUUUGCAGUUAUUCGUAGCAUUCCUGUUUCCUUGGGAACUGACCUGCUGAAUUGGUUUUGUCCUUGCAGGAAGCGUACUGCUGACUCCUGAAGAUCUCUAAUUUAGUUUCUGGAGAGGGCAAAGUUCAAAUCACACCUGUUUGGAGUCAUUUCCUCAUUCCUGUGCUCUCUGGGAUUUUGGUGCACAAACCUGUACAUAGAAUGGAGGCUGAGUAUGAAAAUCAUACUAGGUAUGGUUGGCACAGCCUCGUUAACAGCCGCUACAAGCCCCCCAUGUAGUGUGGGCUAUGAGCAGCUCUCCAGGAGAUGAAGUAAAACAGCUUGAACACAGCUCUAGCAGUGAGCUGGUGUCCUCGCUGAAAGACUGUACCUUGGUGCAGCAAUAAGAAUAGCAGCACCAGAGACCCAGGUUCAAUCCCAACCUCAGGUGCUAUCCACGUGCAAUAUGCACAUCCUCCCUGUGACUGUGUGGAUUUCCUCUGGAUGCUCUGGUAUCCUCCAACAUCCCAAAGACAUGCAGUUGGUAGGUUAAUUGGUCACUGAACAUUAGUAUUUACUAGAAUCCUGGUGUCAAUGAGAAUGCAGGAAGAAUAAAUUAGCAUUAGUGUUAGUUGAGUUCAAGUAGAUGGUUGACAACCAUUUUGGACUCAAUGGGCAAAGGGCCAGUGUCUGAUGUUACUGAAUUACACUUGGUCUAUUGUGUGGUUGGAUCUUGAUUGAGUUGCUCACUGAUUUUUCUGAAUUAUUUUUGCUUUUGCCACACUGCCAAAGACAAAAUGAUGUACUGUACUAUUAACCAUUUCCUCACAUGCUUUCUCGCUAUCACUCAUUCUCUCUUUCUCUCCCUCUCUCUUGUUCAUUCUCUUUUCCCGCCUUUCUGAAUUUAAAUGUCAGUCAUGUCUGCACAUGUAUUCCUGCCCGUACAGACUGUGACAGAAGGCAAAAGAUCUCCCGAGUGUUUAAUCCUGUGUUUGUGACUGAUCUGUGCCUCUCUGCAGCUACUUCAAGCACUCAAGGAUGUCUCAGGCAGCUUGAGAGGAAUCACAAACUAAAGUGAAGAAAAGGAAGUGGUUCAAAAAUGCAUACCCAGACCUUGACUUAGCACCAUGUAGACUAUAAUGGCUCAAGCUAAAAACUGGCAGGAGUUUCAUUUCACGUCCUGGGUUCAACGGGGCUUUGAAUGUCUUCUUCCUCCUGCCUUCCUUGGGUACUCAUGUAAUGUGCCUGGGUCUGGUAAUAAUUCUGUAAUCUUUAUUUAUCAUGUGAUGGAAAUGUUUAAUUGUUAUGGUAAAUGAUUGUUCCAACAUUUCAAGUACUGUGCUCUCACCUGCUCUCUGACUCUUAGUGUUGUUUCAAAUACUACCAGUUUAAUGAUAUUGUAGAUUAACCCUCACCUAGUUUUCUUGGAUUACUACUGCCUCUGGGAAUCCAGUAUCAGUCUUGACCAAUUACUAGGGGCUGUAAAUUCAAAACCAAGCUGCCAGCUCACUAUCUCCUUCUGCUUCUGUACUGGCUGGCAGUUCAAGGAAAGGAUUCUCUCCUAUACAUGAGCAGAGCAGAGAGAGGUGCUCUGUACCUGAGGCUCAGCUGUCCUUGUUGCUUCUGCACCAUCUUGUCCUUGGAGAAAAUGUUUAGAUCUGUAACUGAAGCACUAUCCUAUUCGCCACCUCCAUGCAUCCUGUUAGACUGAAACUUGUGAACUCGCAGACACCUCCUCACUGUGAGUGCUUCUCUGUAGUGUAAUGAGGAUUCCAACCACACAGCAGUGGAUAGCUCCGGUACAGUACUUUGCAAGUCACUCCCAGUCUACUCAAGUAGCUCCCAAACCAGACAGGAAGAUAUAAAAUGCAAAUCAUUCUUUUCUGGUGUGCAGAUUUAGGGACUCUUUCAUUCAGUUUUCUGCCAAAGGUUGGCUGGAUAAGGUGGUAAUGCCCAAAUUGGGUUUGGCUGCAAUUUGGUGGACAGUGGAGUGUGCACUAGGGGUCGGACAGAAGGUGAGAUGGCUAGCCAGGGUAUUGUGAGGGCAUUAGCCUGAGAUACAAAGGGCCAUUCCUCCCCUUGGUGGGGAAGUAGGUGCUGGUCACCGAUUGUCUCCAGUCAAAGGCUGUGGGGAAUGGGGAGAGUCGGGCACCAGCUCGAACCUGCCCAUCGCUGAAUUCCUUUCACCCAUACUCCCACACUAAUGAUUUGACUCUCAGUUUAUCUUUUCUAACAUUACCAAACACUGCACUGGUCAAUGAUGAAUAUUAGGUAAUUUUGUGCAUUUUUGUGGACUUUUAAUUUGAUGAAAUAAAUAACAGGUUUAUUUAUAAUGUCGGAUAAUGAACCAAUAUGUUGUUGACUAAUGAGAGCAGUCAUAUCCUUUUGUGAUGCUGUGAAUAUUCAAAGUAUAAUGAUAUUAAAUACUACUGAUCUUA